AUGCCGCUCAAUAAACGCCCACGGACAGAGCCAAUAGUUCGCGUUCGAACCGGCUGCUGGACCUGCAGACGCCGGAAGAAGAAAUGCGAUGAAAAUCGGCCCGUCUGUGGUGGUUGCACACGAAACAAACUCAGCUGUCACUGGCCUGCUCACGUAUCAUCAAGACCUCUUGAAAAUGACAGGGGUGCGAUACCGGUGCAGACGGAUCAGCACUCACGCGGAAGUGGUCAGAUGGACGAGGAGAACAUUAUCAUCCCGCAUGGCAGCCCACAGUCCGUUCGAAGCUCAAUCUCACAUGGUGCCUCUUCGCAUUCGCCCUUCUCGCCUGCAGUCUCUCCAACCUCACCUGCGCAGUCAGUGUGCCUGCCAACUGUAUCCCCGACAGGGGCGAUUGGACUGGAAGAUCUUGACGCUGCGUCUCUAGUGCCUAUGGGCUAUUCUCAUCCUAGAAGCAACAGCCAGGCCUCAAUCAGAGAUGUAAUGCCGCGUAGUCUGUCAAUGCUCCCUGGGUACAGUCCGGAGUCCUACCAGCUAUUGAGUCAUUACUUGGCUACCACUGCCGACUGCAUGGCUAAUGGAUCGACUCCGGUGAAUCCAUUUCUGGUCCAAAUCGUUCCACUGGCAUUCACAAGUGACCUUCUGCUACAGCUGGUUCUGACGCAGAGUGCGGCUCACCGAGCAUUUCGUUGUCGCAAUGACUCGGAUGAGGUGGCCCAGAGUCACUAUACCAAAGCGCUACAGCUGUUCCGCAAGGGUGUUACGGAUUUUAUUGAUGGGAAGGAGUCGAAUCCGCUGAUGCUUACAGUUGGAGCUUUGUUGAUGUGUUUCACCGAGACCGCCAGAGGAGACAUGAAUGGGACCAUCUUUGACCACCUGUCGGCCGCGAAUACAUUGCUUAUCCGGCUGCUUGCCGAGAGCGACACUGCGGUCCCGAAAGACCUCAAGAACUUUGUCAUCGAAUACUAUACGUACACUGCGACAGUGAGCAUGAUAUCAAUCGACGCGCGGGUGAGCCGUCAGCUCUUCCUGAAUUUUGACCUAGAGCAGCGAGCGCGUCAGCUGUUAGAAUCGGAAUAUAUCGGUAAUCUCUGCGGCUGCUGGCUUGAGCUGCUACUGAUGAUCCCGUGUAUCUUUGACUUGGGACGGCAAUGGAUGAUGGAAGAUGGCCAGCCGGGUCUUCCGACUGCGGAUGACAUUGCCAUGUUUGGCUCAUUGCAAGCUCAGAUCUUACGCUGGACGCCUUAUCCUUCGGUAACACCCGAGGUAUUCCUGGCAGGACGAAUCUUCCAGCAGGCGAUGUUGCUCUAUCUCUAUACCUCACUGGGUGCAUUCUCAAGGGCCGAGCAGGGAAUAUACCAAGGCCUUAUCGAUGCUGCAAUCACAGACGCGAUGUCUUACCUGCAUCAACUUUCAGCUACGGCUCGUAUCAACUCAGGACUCUGCUGGCCUAUUGCUGUUGUGGGGUCAUGUCUGUCUGACCUGGACCAACAGAAUUCUUUACGACAGCGCCUGCACAUCAUGGUAAACACGUUUGGCCUUGGCAAUAUGCAACGGACGCUGCUAUUGCUGGAGCAUAUGUGGCAGGUGCCUCUGGAGCAAGCCGGACCAUGGAAUAUCUGUCGGGCGAUGCAGCAGCAUCAAAUCUGGAUCUCGUUUGCGUAA